UGGCCUUGGAGAAAACCGAGUUCUUCUUGUCGGAGAUCUCAUUCUUGGGGUAUAUCGUCACGGUCGACGGACUAAAACGGGAUCCGAGGAAGGUGGCGGCAGUUCAAGAUGCCCCGGCGCCGGUCACACUCACCCAGGUUCGGGCUUUCUUAGGGAUGACAUCCUAUUACCGACGCUUCAUCAAAGGGUUCGACGGCAUAGCGAAGCCCCUCACGAACCUGCUGAAGAAAGAGGAACAGCUGAUCUGGACGCCGGAAUGCGAAGCGGCGUUUCAGGCAUUGAAGGAGGCUCUGACAUCUGCUCCUGUGUUGGCGCGCCCCGACCCGACAAGACCGUUCGCACUGUACACAGACUGGCAGCCUCAGGCGAUAUCGGCGGUGCUGACUCAGCACGGCAAGGAUGGACGGGAGCACGUCAUUGAGUAUGCGUCCAAGACGCUGAGCCAGGCAUAGGCUAAUUACGAAGCGUGCAAAGGUGAAUGCCCGACGGUGGUGUGGGGGAUUCAGCAUUUCCGA